AUGAUUGCUCCACUUCCGUCAUCUUUUGAUACUGACCCGCUGCUUCUCGAUCCAGGUGCCGUGGUUCUCGCCCACUCAUUGCGCGACAAUGGCACCAAGGCCAAGCUGGUCGCUCUGUAUACGCCCGACACGUUGCAGGCCGCGACGCUGAAUGAGCUUCAGACUGUUUACGAUGAGCUCAUACCCGUCUAUCGGAUGACGAACCAUACGCCGGCGAACCUCUGGCUCAUGGAGCGUCCUGACUUGAUAGCAACCUUCACAAAGAUCGAGCUGUGGCGACAAACAAAGUUCAAGCGCAUCGUAUACAUUGACUCGGACGUGGUGGCCAUUAGAGCCCCCGACGAGCUCCUGGACAUGGACGUAGAUUUCGCCGCUGCCCCCGAUGUCGGCUGGCCCGAUUGCUUUAACAGCGGUGUUAUGGUACUGCGGCCCAAUAUGCAAGACUACUUUGCGCUGAAAGCUCUUGCAGAACGCGGUACCAGCUUUGACGGCGCCGACCAGGGCUUGCUGAACAUGCACUUUCGAGACUGGCACCGACUCAGUUUCACGUACAACUGCACACCUAGCGCGAGUUAUCAAUAUAUCCCGGCCUACAAGCAUUUCCAGAUGUCUCCUUUUGAUUCGCCGUAUAAUCAGCUACUGGGAAGGUGGUGGACAGUCUACGACCGGCAUUACCACUCUGUAGCCAAUGAAACAAUAGAGCCGAGUAGUCACUCGGUUCCGCCACAUGUUCAACAUGCAGAGGAGCCUAUGCUGGACAUGCACAUCCAUAAUUUCCCAGUAACAGCACCACAGCAGCAUAUUGGACGACAGACACCCCUUCUUCCAGGAUCAGAAACCACGUCGCGCCACCCAGCACUUGGGCAUGAGGUGCCAUCAGAUCAACAUCCAGACUACCAUCCCCCAGAAGAAGCUUCAAAUAACUCGGUUCAGGCGUCUCACUAUGCAGAGCGAAGCGUCGCGCCAUUACCCGUGAAAGAUCUGUCUCACGAAAUUCACGCAGAGUAUCAGAGCGAGAAACCUUCCCAUGAACCUGUUUUUAGCGUGGUUCCGCAGUAUGUUCGGGGGGAAGAACACGUAAGGGCUUAUAUACAACAACAGCCCGUUCAAGAACAUAGCCAUCAUGAUCUACAGCCACCUCCAGUACAAGAGCCCAGUGUGCCGACAGAGCCUGCUCAUCCAUUUGAACAGAAUGAUUCGCGCACCACUCGAGCGCCAGCGCCCAUUGGGACACAGCGGGCACCAUCGCCUCAACCGGCAUCGCAAGAGGAGCCGAUAUUCGAAGCCCCUAAGGCAGAAUGGGAUGCCUCUCGGGAACCACCUCCUUUGAAUUCUAAACCAGAAGGAAUAGCCUUGGAGAGCAAGACCUAUACUAUGUCCGAUGAUCGCAAGCUUUUCCAGCCCCCACAGUCGUAUCCAGAAGCCCCGAAGAACAUGUACUAUCAGGUCCCGGAGACGAAACCUAAGCCGCAGAAACUUAGGCAAAUAUUCCCCUGGGAAACGAACGCACCCAAACCAACUAGAGUUUUUGCUGACGAUGCCUCUCAACACCAACCCAUGGUUUCCCUUACGCCUACCGAAGAAGACUCCCAAAUUUUCAAAUCCACCCAACCAACAUUUUGGAAGUCCGAGGCGCCCAGCCUUCCCAGCGAAUCAUUUGACUCAUACUCCCGCUCAAACGCAUGGGACGAAGUUCCCGAAAUCCAAAAGUACAUCCGAUCCAUACAACAAGCCCGCAGAGCCCGAGUUCAAGUGCUCUCCGGCGCACCCAACCAACAGAAAGCAGCAUUCCCAUCAAAGUCAAGCCGACAACAUCAACCCGGCACCCCUACAACUACCACCGGUUCCAAAGGCCCCAAUUACGGCACCCGCAUAACCGAUUUCCCUAGCGAAAUCGAACGUCCUAGCCUCCCGGUUACCCCUGCCCCAAUCCGCCGCGGGCCAGCAGUAGGCAAUCCAGACGAUUACACAACGCCCCAAUUCCCUGCGGCGAAGGGCGUCCCAAACCAGGAAGACUGGAAUCCUACUGUCCGCCUCGAAGAGCUGCGGCGGCGGCAGAAUAUUGUCUUGGAUAACCCAAAUUUGCUCAUUGAGCGGAUUACUAGAGCUCUUGAAGAUGGGAGAAGGGAUUGUGCUGAUUUAGAUUGA